AUGCUGUCCAAGACUCUAAAACGGGCGCUUCUGGAUUCUCCGUCCCAAUUGCCCCCUACGUUCCUGCUUCCCUGGGCGGCGGCGCUGACUACCAGCGCGACAGCGGCCGCUUCAGCAGAGCCGCAGACAUCAGAAACAGCAACCCGCCAGUACCUAUCUCAAUUGCCUCUCCGCCACAGAGUGACAGGAUCCGGGAGCAGUGCGGACACGAAGAAGAGCGCAUCGACUGUCUCAAGCCGAAGAUCACAAUCCGGGAUCACCAGUCCUUCUCCAAGCUCGAAGACCUCCCUACAAUCAGCUUCUACAACAGCUCGCCCGACGUUUUCCAUCGAACAUGUACAAUCGCAGGCUGAACUGCCCCCGCCUAGAUCUGGUCCCAUCUCAGACUCGAUUCGUGAAUUGCUGCCCAUAAUGCUCUCACAGGGCCCUCACUAUAUCACUGUCCAUAUCCACGGAAACCAAUACCUCGUCACUGAGGGCGACACAGUCCGGCUGCCAUUCCUCAUGCAUCAUGUCGAGCCUGGCGAUGUGAUCCGAUUGAAUCGCGCUAUCAACCUCGGUAGCCGAGACUUCACAAUCAAAGCUGCCGCAAACCCGCCAAAACUGAAGAGCCCUACGGCAACCACGACCGUCGUGCUUGACCAGACAAGCGGCGACUUAGCAAGCCAUUCGAGGGUAAUGCCAGCGAGUCAAACUAGCGCACAGGCACCGCAUUACGUUCCGCAUAUCGCAAAGGGCAAGCACUCCUAUCUGGACGAACGGUUGUUUGUGUGCAGAGCCGUCGUAAUGGGGGUGGAGAGCGAGCCCAUGCGGAUCAAAGAGAAGACGAAGAGGAGACAGCGCCACGUGCGUAAAGUGAAGAGCAAGCAUCGCUAUACCAUACUGAAGAUCAAAGAGCUGCGCCUCAGGAGCCUGGAGGAGCUUGAUGAUGCCGUGGAGUAA